CUCUUCUUUCCCUGAUUUGAGUUUAGCUCCAGCAGUCCGCGGUGGAACUUUUCUUUCCCGUUUCGAUCCGAAUCGUUCGAUCUGCACGUUCGUCGCGUCGCGUCGUGAUCAAUCAUGGCCCAGGACAAUCUCACCGCAAUUCUCUACGGCAUAAACGAUAUUAGGCUGGAACAAACUCCUAUCGAAGAGCCCGGCGAUAAUGAGGUGCUGAUCAAAAUGGCCUGCAUCGGCAUCUGCGGUUCCGACGUCCACUAUUUGGUAAAUGGAAAAAUCGGUGACUUCGUGGUGCGCAAGCCGAUGAUCAUCGGCCACGAAGCUGCCGGCGUGGUGGCCAGGCUAGGAAAAGGUGUGAAACAUCUGAAGGUUGGCGACCGCGUGGCCAUCGAACCCGGGGUGCCAUGUAGAUUCUGCAAAUUCUGCAAGGAGGGCCGUUACAAUUUGUGCAAAGAAAUGGUGUUCUGCGCCACGCCACCGGUGCACGGCAACUUGAGACGCUACUACAAACACGCCGCCGACUUUUGCUUCAAGUUGCCGGACAACGUGUCGCUGGAAGAAGGGGCGUUGAUGGAGCCAUUAUCGGUCGGCGUGCACGCUUGCAAGCGAGCCAACAUCGGUAUCGAAUCGUCGGUGCUGAUUUUGGGAGCAGGCCCGAUCGGGCUCGUAAGCCUGCUGACAGCUAAAGCAAUGGGUGCCAGGAAAGUCAUAAUCCUCGAUCUGGUGCAAGAAAGGUUGGAGGUCGCGAAGAAGUUGGGCGCCGACGAGACGCUCGUCAUCAACAGGGAGAAGUGCGACGAAACUGAGAUCACGAAGAAGAUUCACGAUCUUCUCGGAGAAGAGCCUGACAAGACGAUCGACGCGACCGGCGCGCAGUCGAUGAUCCGCUUGGCGAUUCUCGCAACCAGAUCCGGCGGAGUAGCAGUUCUGGUGGGCAUGGGCGCACCGGAGGUGCAAAUUCCACUGUUCGACGCACUCAGCAGGGAGGUGGACAUCAGGGGCGUGUUCCGAUACGUGAACGAUUACGCCGACGCCCUGAAUCUUCUGGCUACGAAAAAGAUAGACGUGACGCCGCUCAUAACACACCAUUUCAACAUAGAGGACACCGUGGCAGCGUUCGACGCUGCGAAAUCGGGACAGACUGGCGUGAUCAAGGUCAUGAUACAUUGCAAAUAGGUCGGACGAUUGUCGAACCAAGGGGACGCUUGACUUUUUCACGCAACGACGUAACAAUCGGCGAACGUCGAUCUGUCGCGGAAGCUGAACGAAAACGAUAUUCCAACGGAUCAUUCCUCUUGUCAUACUUGUUUCGUGCCAAAAAAAGAGACAUCAACGAAUUCGAGCUAAU